GCGCUUGCUUUGGACUCGGGGCUGCUUUAAUUGAGAGUCUUGAGAGUGGUGAACUGUGACUGGGUUCUCCACUAACUUUCCUUCUGCUUCCGCAGCUGAGGCUGAUGUCAGUUGCCGCGCGACAGCUCCGUCCCCGAAUGCCCCCACUCUAGGAUGAUCCGUGUUGCUACCUAACGCACUCUUUCUAAAUAUCUUGCUUGACGUCGACGUGCAUGCCGGUAGCUUAUGUCUGCCACAGAACCCUCGGAGUGUCCGGCUUCCCCAUCUCAUGGGGAACACCAACAGCUUUUUCUCGAUGAAGCAAGCAGCAGUGACCCCCAAGUGACUGCUACCGGCCCCGAAUCAGCGGCGCAAAGCCAGAAUGGCAAUUCUCCUAAACCUGAAGAACCCCAACCAAUCAACAUGAAUCAAGAACCUCAACUUGAGGCGCAGAACGCCGCUACACACUCUCCGCAUCCGCCCUCAACGCCGGCCGAUAACCCGCAGUCACUUCCGGAGAAGAUGCAGGGGCUUUCGAUCGUGACCACCAAGACUCCUGAAUCUGUCGCAACUCCUGGCACUGACAUACCUCCUACGCCUCCUGCAAAAGACGAUUCCUACUUUACCUCGAAGCCUCAAUCUGCCGGACCCGCCCGCUCUUCAACUGCUCCCCUGUCCGAAAAGACCAAUAAAGAGUUACCUGAGGUUCCUGGCGGUGGCGCCGGAAGCGUGAAGAAAGAUUUAGUAGGGAGAGGUGAUGGUGGCCAGGAGAGUGAUUCCCAGUCGGAGAUUCAGAGUAUCAUCGACCAGUUUCAGGACACGACACACGCCGACACGGAGGAGACUAUCAUGUCACCCCGACUAGAGCUGGCGGAGCAAUUCUUUGGUGGGCAGAGUCAUUUCCCGCCACGCCAGUCGAGUCUAGAGCAUAGCAAGGCGAGUCCAGAGGAGAUUUCUCUGCCAGGGGGAACAAUCACCUCGCCUGAAAAACAGUCCAUCAAAUCGCUGCGCGAGAGCUCCAUCACCGAAGAAGCAAGGUUGAGCCGACGGUCAUCGACGUCGACCAUUCCUCCUCCCCCGGAGCCCGAAUCCGAUCAACCGUUUGACUUCCAUCGCUUUCUGGAACAAUUACGACAUCGUACAGCAGAUCCGGUUGCCAAAUUCCUUCGAUCUUUUUUGAAUGAGUUCGGCAAGAGACAGUGGAUGGCUCAUGAGCAAGUCAAGAUCAUCAGUGACUUCUUGGUCUUCAUCACCAACAAGAUGGCUCAAUGUGAGGUGUGGCGUGGUGUCUCCGACAGUGAAUUUGACAACGCCAAAGAGGGUAUGGAGAAGCUGGUUAUGAAUCGACUGUACUCUCAGACAUUCUCUCCGGCUAUACCGGGCCCACCUACAAUCCCCACAAGUGCGAGUAGAAGCAAGCGAAGGGAACUUGAAAGGAUGCAUGGGCCAUGGAGGCGGGGACAACAUCAGGAGGAUAUCGAGCGUGAUGAAGUCCUGGCCCAGAAAAUGCGCAUAUAUAGUUGGGUGAACGAGACACACCUGGACAUUCCACCUGUGAGCGCACAUGGUCGGCGCUUCUUGAACUUGGCUCAGCAAGAACUUCUGAAAAUCAACGGCUACCGGGCGCCCCGCGAUAAGGUCAUCUGUAUUCUCAACUGCUGCAAGGUCAUCUUCGGUCUGUUGAGGAACUCGAAGCGAUCCGAUACGUCAGCAGACUCUUUCGUGCCACUCUUGAUUUAUGUGGUGCUGCAGGCUAAUCCUGCACAUUUGGUAUCUAACACCCAGUAUAUUCUACGCUUCCGCAACCAGGAAAAGCUUGGAGGCGAAGCCGGGUAUUACCUAUCUUCAUUGUCGGGGGCCAUACAGUUUAUCGAGACUCUCGACCGCACGAGUCUCACCGUGAGCGACGAGGACUUUGAGCGGAACGUCGAGGCUGCUGUUUCGGCCAUCGCUCAACAAAACCGCGAGUCGGAAACUCUAGAGCGCAAGUCCACGGAGCGCAAAUCCAUGGAGCGGUCCGCUGCAAGCUCGCAAGCAGCAUCAGCACCACGUGCCUCGGUGGACACUCAACGCCCACCUGAACGGAGAGACACCCCACAACCUAGUGAUGAAGAUCAAGCGCCAGUAGCAGGGCUGCUGCGCACCAUUCAAAAGCCACUAUCUACCAUCGGCAGACUCUUUUCUGACGAGCCGGACUCACCUCAAGAUCGAUCUGCACGGUCAGGAUCCCCUGCGCGCCUCACACCGAAUGUAUAUCAACCACCGCGUAACAGCAGUGAGGGCCAGGAAUCGGUGGAAAGGCCGCGCACUGCCGUACCGCCGCAGUCGACAAGAGCCCUUGAUUCUCAGGAUGCUGCCGCUCGGCAAGCUAGCGCUGAGGACGCCGAAGCUCGUCGGAUACAACGUGCUGAGCACAACAAUGUAGUUGAGACACUGUCGAAUAUGUUUCCUAAUCUUGACCGUGACGUGAUCGAUGAUGUUGUCAAGAUGAAGGAGGGGCGGGUUGGAUUGGCUGUUGACGCGUGCCUGGCCCUUAGUGCAGAGUAAUGGAGGAUGACAUUCAUGGCUGAUGGUGGGAAUAGGUGUUUACUCAAGGGCUUGAGGCGUAGGUGGAUGAGCGUAGCUAUGUGUACAUGAAUGCCUGAGCUACAUGCAUAUAAUCGAUGAUGAUGAUGGUGGUGGACAGCUUUGGAGAUCGUCCGAACGAUGUCGAAAUUGCUUAAGCCGUAGUGC